ACUUAGUGGGCACUGCACUGACUUCUUCAUCCACACUGCCUAUUGCCAACCCUCAUACCAGAACUCUGUUGAGAUUUUCCCAAGUGUGGUUAGUAUAUUCCAUAAAACUUUGGCAAACAAGGACCAUUGUUAAUAUUACCGUUGUUGGCCUAAACCAAAUGUGAUGAAGGUGGUGGUUUUGCUUCUGCCACCAAGGUUUUCUACCACGUGAUGUGCUAAUGGUCGACAAGUGAGUGUCACAGAGGCAUCGGCUUUCUUUGUGGUUUAAUUUCAUAUCAUUCCCUCAUAUAUUCAAAUAUUCCCACUUCAAUCUUCAUUAAACACACACCACUCAGUUUGCAGGUUGUCAUUGUUAUUGUUAUUAGUAUUUCAUCUUCUUUAACCAAAAUUGCUUUUUCUAUUCUAUCUAAAAAAACAGAUAAAGACUUGUACUCCUACAAAUGAGAAAAAGAUUCUGCCAUAGUAACAUUUUUAUUUUUAUUUUUUUUUAUUUAUUUUUUUUAUGUACGUAUAGAUACAUAUUGAGGGCUAUGAAGUAAAUAUUGACAAACAGAAAAAAGCAAAAAUCUCUGAGGAAAAAAAAAAAAAAAAGUUAAAUAUAGUUUGUGUGACAGCAAAAAAAAAGAGAAAGAAAAAAGUGUAUAAAUAGGCAUAGACACGUAAAAGCAAAGGUGCCCCAACAUUUUCGAUACCAAGACAGCUAAAUUUAGAAGCUGCUUCCCUGGUUUUGUCAAGGCAACCGUAACCAUAUUUUACUUAUAUAUCAACCAUUCUCUGACAAAAAUAGGAAAAUGUUCUUCCUUCUUCCUUGUUUUUAUGUUUGUCAAGGUAACCGGCAGCUUAGUUCGACAUUAAUAACAACGAUGAUUCCUAGAAUAUCCUUCUCCAUCCUGCUUCUUGCUUUGCUUGUUAUUGGUGCUUCGUCUACCUCGACAGAUGCGAAUGCACCAGAAUUCAGCUAUGAGGGCGGGAAUGGGCCAGAGAAAUGGGGAACCUUAACUUCAUCUUACACACAAUGCUCAAAUGGGAAGAUGCAGUCUCCUGUGAACAUUGUAAAUAACCAAGUUACUCGGGGCAAAACAUUCAAGUCCUUAACCAGAAUCUACAAUCCUUGCAAUUCUACUCUCAUCAACAACGGCUUCAACGUUGGGAUACAUUUCGAAGAGUAUGCGGGAGUGAUGGUUGUUGAUGGUAAGAAUUACACCUUGAAGCAAUUGCAUUAUCAUUCUCCUUCCGAGCAUCAACUUCAGGGAGUCCAGUAUCCAGUGGAGCAACAUUUAGUCCACCGGGCAGAUGAUGGAAGCAGCUCAGUUGUUGCAAUCCUCUACCAAUACGAUAAACCCGAUCCAUUCCUCGCAAAGUUCAUGGACAAAUUGACAGAGCUAGCUAAGGAGAAUUGUCAAAGCCACGAGCAGGCUCAUAUUGCCGUUGGAACUUUGGAUCUGAAGCUACUCAAGAAACAGACGCGCAAAUUUUACAGAUACAUAGGCUCUCUCACUACUCCUCCAUGCACUGAGCAAGUCAUUUGGAACAUCCUUGCCAGGGUAAGAAGCAUAUCCAAGGAGCAGGUAGAGGCUCUAAAAGCACCAGUACGUUCAAAUUGCAAGAACAAUGCAAGGCCAUUGCAGCCCCUUAAUGGUCGUCAGGUUGAGCUUUAUGCCGAGAUCGACCACGACGACUAAUUAAAUUUCUAUUUAUCAUCCCAUUGGCCAUCUACUCCUUAAUCCAGGUAAGGAUGUCGAUUUCAAUGAGAAUUUGGAUCAACAAGAUGACAAUUUUGUCUUACCUAAUCAAUUCAAAUAAAUGGCAUCCACCUCAUGGUGUCAAAUGCUACAGAACCCCCCAAUCAAACGGUGCUGCUUCAAUUUGGAAAAUCAAUGCUUGAAUCUAAAAUUAUGGCCUAUUAAAAAAAGAACUUUGAUCCAGUAAGCUCAUUUUAAUUAGUUUAUUUUCCUUUUUUUAAUUAUUUUCUUAGAAGUAAAUUUCAAAUAAUGAGAAUCAAAAUACCCGUUUAAUGUAAAUACGGUUUCUAUCAGAAUUCAGAAUCCGAAAUUAAACCAAAAAAAAAAAAUUUACAACUAAUUCGUUCACUCCCAACUAACCUAUUUACAAACCUCGUGCUUUUUUUUUUGUUUUUUUUUUUUUUUGUGUUUUUUCUUUUUUCUAAUUGAAGGGGCAAAAAAGAAAAAGAAAAAAAAGUGAAACAAAUGUAAACGUAAAAAUCCUGGUUGUUCUUUUUACCUGUUUUUUUUUACCCAGCGUGUAGGAACCGUUAUUCAACGUGCCACGUCAUCCCAACGACAAUUUAAACCGAGAUGGACCCCACCGGGACCGCCUAUCAAGACCGAAAACAUGCCUGCUACGGUGGGCCCAUUUCUCGACGUCGCCAUAUGGAAACGAUUUUCCAACGACUCUGGUGU